UCAUGCACGCCUAGAAGACCAACCCGAACAGAGCUCCCGUUCACGGAAGUUCCGAGCGAGGGUUCUUCGGCUUCUAGAAGUAGAGUUUUGUACGUCUCGCACACAAGCUGCCCACCGUAAUCAUCAUCCACGUCCCCCUCCUCCUUCCUCGCUACCAGCGGCUGAAAACCCUAGCUGUCCUUCACCUUCAGGUCUUCAUCUUCCGCCAUGGAUCUCGAAGAAGAAAUCCGCUCGCUGCAGCUUGACUCCGCAGAAGAUUGUAAUGGGGUGGUUGCUCCUGAAGAUCCCAAGCCCGAAUCAGAAAAGGUGGAUGAAAUUGAUGAAGGUAUGAAGGAACAGAUCGCUGCGACCUCACAGCCUGUCCACAGAGAUUUAAAAGGGAAAGAAAAAGAAGUCAUUCCUGCUGUUGAUGUAGAAGAUGACAAAGAGGAAGAGCAGAAGAGACAUCUGAAUGUUGUCUUUAUCGGUCAUGUUGAUGCUGGAAAAUCAACAACUGGUGGUCAGAUACUCUUUCUUAGUGGUCAGGUCGAUGAUCGUACGAUUCAAAAAUAUGAGAAAGAAGCGAAGGACAAAAGCAGAGAGAGUUGGUACAUGGCAUAUAUCAUGGACACAAAUGAAGAGGAGAGGGCUAAGGGGAAAACAGUUGAAGUUGGAAGAGCACAUUUUGAAACAGAGUCAACUAGAUUUACCAUUUUAGAUGCACCGGGCCAUAAGAGCUAUGUUCCUAAUAUGAUCAGUGGAGCAUCCCAAGCAGAUAUUGGAGUACUUGUAAUUUCUGCUAGAAAAGGUGAAUUUGAGACUGGAUAUGAAAAAGGUGGACAGACUCGUGAACAUGUCCAGCUUGCUAAAACGUUGGGUGUGUCAAAGCUGCUAGUUGUUGUAAAUAAAAUGGAUGAUCCCACUGUGAAUUGGACAAAAGAAAGGUAUGAUGAAAUUGAAUCGAAAAUGAUCCCUUUCCUAAAGUCUUCCGGCUACAAUGUGAAGAAAGAUGUCCAAUUUCUGCCAAUAUCUGGCUUAAUGGGUACAAAUAUAAAAACGAAAGUCGACAAGGGUAUUUGUCCCUGGUGGAAUGGACCAUGCCUUUUUGAAGCGCUUGAUUCUGUUGAGAUCCCUCCUCGAGACCCUAAUGGUCCCUUCAGGAUGCCCAUCAUUGACAAGUUCAAAGAUAUGGGAACUGUUGUCAUGGGCAAAGUCGAGUCUGGAAACCUAAGUGAAGGCGAUUCCCUAGUUGUUAUGCCAAACAAGGCUCAAGUGAAAGUGGUCGCUGUAUAUCGUGACGAGGAUAAAGUUAGACGUGCAGGGCCAGGUGAAAAUCUUCGGGUUAGAAUAUCAGGGAUUGAGGAAGAGGACAUGUUGUGUGGAUUCGUCCUGUCUGGCAUUGCAAAACCGAUUGCGGCAGUAACGGAGUUUAUUGCCCAGUUGCAGAUCCUUGAGUUGCUGGAAAAUGCAAUUUUCACUGCUGGCUAUAAGGCUGUCUUACACAUCCACGCUGUUGUUGAGGAGUGCGAGAUCGUUGAGCUUAAGCAACAAAUAGAUCCGAAGACGAAGAAGCCGAUGAAGAAGAAAGUUCUCUUCGUGAAGAACGGUGCUGUUGUUGUGUGCCGAAUUCAGGUGAAUAACAUGAUAUGUGUGGAGAAAUUCUCUGAGUUCCCGCAGCUGGGAAGAUUCACUCUCCGUACAGAAGGGAAAACAGUUGCAGUGGGGAAGGUCACCGAUUUACCUUCAAUUGCUAGAGUCUAAACAAUUUUGGCUGAUAGAGCUUCCUGUGUAGACGAAAAUCUCAGUGGCUGCAACGGGAUGAAGGUUGUUACAGUGUCGUCCGAGUGUUGGAAACCUAUCGAAAUUGUCCAUGGUAGAGCUUGUUAUAUUAUUAUGUUCAUGAUACGGUGCCGAGCACAUACCUGAGAACCUGUCGUCUGAGUUUCCCAUGGUUUGACCGGGUGGGGGGGUGGUAAUGCCAAAGUCUUUCUUAUAGAAUUAUUGAUGAUUGUUGCUCUCGGUCUGCCGAACUGACCUGUCAUCGGAUUCUUUUCUUCCUAUUCAGUGCUUAGAUAAGAUAUGCAUGAUCAUAACUUGAGGUUUACGAGUCUAUCGAUACAGUUUUGCCAUACUUCUUUGUUCUGAUUAUUGAGCACAUUUUGCUUGCCAAGGUUUCAUUUCUUUCUAGCAAUUGGAUUGUGGAGAUGCAUUGUGAAUGUCUGCGAAAGAGACUGAAAGAUUCGAGAAGUCCUUGUUUGAUCGUGAGCCUCAGCGUUUAUGUACUUUGGUGCUGCUUUCUGAUUUGUUUUUCAGAUUUCGGUUUUCCAUUACCGAAAACAUUGUUGUCUUUGGUUUUACUAGUUUGUAUAAGAGAAACAAGCACACAGGUAAAAUUUUCCUGUCUUCA